AUGUCUACACGCGCCGGACGAAGCGGACGAGGCGGAAGAGGCGGACGCGGCCGUGGACGCGGUGGCAGCGCUACCUCAUCCGACGCCCAAGCUGCUCCAGCUCCUGCACCGGGCGCGCCCGACACGCCAGCUAUGGAGAAUGCCCUUGAGCUGCUCUUCGGCAACCUACCACAGGACUUACAGCCACGGCUGAAGGUCUGGGCACAGGGUGUCGAAGAAGCCCACAGAGAGACCACAACAAGGCUCCGCGAGGUGGCACCAAACCCCACCGAACAACAAUACAACGCGUUGAUUGAGCUGGUCGACGACCCUCUGUGGACGGCACAAGACACUGCCCGGCUCAACGAGGAUUGCGCGCAGUUGGAACAAGUCAUCAACACGCGCGGAACAAACACCCACAUGCAGUCGCUGUGGAAGUUGACGCCAAAGUUCAUGGGCUGUGUGCCUAUUUCCAUCAUCUGCCCAGAGAGGCUGUUGGAAUACGGCAGCGAACAUGAACCCAUUCCGGUGGGAAAUCACUUUGUCGUUCAUCCGAACUGGCCUCCACGAUUCUGUGACCAUUUGAGAUUCUUGGUUGUCCAUCCGGUCUUCAACAGGUCGCCUAGCCUCCUUGCGCUGGCCAUCCAGUACGCCGUCAAGUGUCGUACCAACGACCGGCGUCGGUGGCCCGUACAAGAUCCCACAGGCGAUCGUUACAUCAGCCUAUUGGCGACCGCAUUUAGGAACGGUCACAGGCAGACCAAGAUCGAGGACAUCCAUCGAGAUGUCCGUCAACAGAUGGAGGUCCUCCCUCCUCUUUGCCGCCUCCUACGGGAAAUUGAGCGUGUCUCCAUUCCUGGGCAGCUGCCAGAACCUGUCGAAGACGACGGCGAGCCCUUCGCGGCUUACAUCGUCACGACUUCAGACCUGCUUAACAUCAAGAAAGCCGUUGAUCGGGUAGCCACGUGCGGUAUGCCAGAUUACCUGCCCGCCGAUUUGAGGUUCAUGUGGACCACGUCGGCAAACCAUGGGCAUCCCUAUCCGCCAGCCAACCGGAUCAAGGAAGUCUUGUUGAAGGCGUAUAAGAGGCAAGUUCAGGAGGCUGAACUGAGGCGAAGACGCUCUGCGCAAGCCGCCCAGGUGCCACCGGCACAGGCGCCACCGGCUGAAGAUACAGCAAGGCAGUUAGAGCAAGCGACUGCCACCAUUGCCGGGCUCCAAGAGGAGUUGAGGCAAGCACGUCUGGUUGACCCGCAGCUCAUGGGGUCAGAUAACAUGGCCUCACUGGAGGAACGGGCUACCGCGGCCGAGCAACGGGUUGCUCAACUCGAGCAAUCGAACGCAGCCUUGGUCCAGGCAAGCGGCCAGGUCGAUGCCCGAGUUGUUGAACUCGAGACACAGUUGGCCGGAAAGGCGGAAAAGUGUGCUGAUGCAGAGGCACGCGCUUCGGCUGCCGAACAGAAGCUCCUUGAGCAAUCGGCCUUGGUCCAGGGGCAGGCAAGUGACCAACAGGUCAAUGCCCGAGUCGCUGAACUGGAGAAACUGUUGGCCGAAAAGGCACAAGUCGAGCAGAAGUGUGCUGAUGCAGAGGCACGCGCUUCGGCUGCCGAACAGAAGCUCGACCAACAGGUCAAUGCCCGAGUCGCUGAACUCGAGAAACUGUUGGCCGAAAAGACAGAAGAGCUUCUGCAAUCUCAAGAGUCAGUGAAGACGAUCCAGGCCAGUCACCAAGAGAUGGAUGACCAAGUCACUGAACUCAAGAGACAGUUGGCCGAAAAGGCACAAGUCGAGCAGAAGUGUACUGAUCUCGCCGAGGACCUCCAGGCUCACUUCACGGCUCAACAGUACGGGGAUGUUGACAUGGAACUGGACAAUGACAGCCAUGGCAUGGAUGGAGAUGAUAUGGAUCUAGGGCCCUUCGAAGACGAAGCCGACGAUUCCCUUUUUCUGUCACCUGUAGAGGGUUUGUACAAGAAGGCACCGGGGCAAAGCUCCAUGUCCCAAAUGCAAGAAAUGCCCGACUACAACAUAGUGGCUCGGUCGUUGCCUUGGGUGAAGCGGGACUAUGUAGAUUGA